CAUCUUCUCAAGUUCUCAACUCAAGUCUAAUACUACUUCAUCCGACACCAUAGUUAAUCAUGGCCCGUACUAAACAGACAGCUCGCAAGUCUACUGGUGGUAAGGCACCGCGCAAGCAGCUCGCCGCCAAGUCCGCCGCUCGUAAGACCGCCGCUGCUACAACUGGUGGUGUCAAGAAGCCACAUCGCUUUAGGCCUGGUACUGUCGCACUCCGAGAGAUUCGUCGCUACCAGAAGUCGACCGAGCUCCUUAUCCGCAAGCUUCCUUUCCAGCGCCUUGUCCGUGAGAUUGCCCAAGAUUUCAAGACCGACCUCCGCUUCCAGUCUUCCGCCGUCAUGGCUUUGCAGGAGGCAGCUGAGGCGUACCUAGUUUCGCUCUUCGAAGACACGAACCUGGCGGCUAUUCACGCCAAGCGUGUCACGAUUCAGCCCAAAGACCUUGCUCUCGCCCGCCGUCUCCGUGGCGAGCGCACCUAAAAUGUUGAUUACUGUAUUUCUAGCAUGGGCGUGUACUGUUAGCUAGCGUCUGCUUAUCUAUUACUGUUAUCAAAUCAAUUAUUUGCUGC